UCGUUAGGGUUCGGCCUCGUUCUAUGUAUAGCAUCCCCUCUCUAAUUCGGGCAUCAGUUACUCUAUAGCGAGAUGACGGAGACUACCUCUUCACCAGCGGCAGCCACUUCGGCCGAGGCCCCGAAGAAGGGUAAGAAGGCAGCAGGCAAAAAGGCGCAGAAAUCUGGCUCUGCGAAGAAGGCGUCGGUUCACCCACCGACUUCGCAGAUGGUCGACGAGGCGAUCAAGAAUCUCAACGAACGCGGCGGAUCGUCUCUCCAAGCCAUCAAGAAGUAUGUUUUGGCCAACUACAAAUUGGACUCUGUGAAAGCGGUCUUUAUUAGGAAAUACCUGAAGAACGCUGUCACUUCGGGACACCUUGUUCGGACCAAAGGGACUGGUGCAAACGGUUCUUUCAAGUUUCCCAGCAAGGACAAGCCGGCGAGAAAACCUUCGGUGAAGAAAGCCGCUUCAACGAAGAAAACAACCCCUGCGAAGAAGAAAACGGCUACUACACCGAAGAAAAAAGUGGCACCGAAGAAACCCAAAGUAGCAAAAGCAAAGUCCCCGGUUAAACCUAAAUCGAAGCCUACUCCGAAAAAGCUGCAAGCCAACACAGCCAAACCCAAGAAAUCUCCUGCCAAGAAACCAACAAAGGCUGCAGGAAAAAAGAAGAGUUCCCCGAAGAAAAAGUAAACUCGUGUUUUCUCUAUUUUUCAAAUCCCAGAAGAAUUAGUAAACUCGAGUUAUCUCUUGUAUGUUUCAACGGCCCUUUUAAGGGCCACCAAUAAACUCACUAAAAAUUC